CAGCGAGAGAGCGCACACUUGAACAAGAAAUCAGACCCAGGCAAUCACCAAGUCAACAAUGCCUCUGUACGAUGUCGAACAUGUCGCGGCUCUGACGCCAGACCAACAAGAGGCCCUCGCAAAAGCCUUUACGAACCUACACUCCACCCGCUUCAGGACGCCCAAGUUCUUCCUCAACGUCCGCUACACCGACGUCAGCGGGCAGGUCGUGUUCCGCAACGGCAGGAGAGCGGUCUACAACCGCAUCAUCCUGCGGACGCGAGCGGGCGAGCAGCGGUCCAAGGAACUGUACGACGAGCAUUGUCGAGACAUUAUCAAGAUCUGGGAGGACAUCGUGGGGACGGAAGGAGAGUUGGGGUUACGCACAGUCUGGGUGCUGGGGGCCUUGACCACUGCUGUCGAGUGCGGCAUCGCCAGGCCAAAAGUGGGCGAGGAAGACGAGUGGCUCAAAGCAAACGUGGAAGAAUUUCGAAAAUUGGCAGCAGCGGGCGAUGAGGAUUUUGUGGAAUUGGUCCAGGAACUCGACUCAAGAGGCCGAUGA